AUGUUGGUGAGGCUUGUAAGAAGUUUGGAUUCUGUAUAUGACACAUUAGAGUUUCAAGAGCAAAACAAUUUGGACGUUAUCAAUACUGAAGGAAAUCUUGCCACGAAAGAAACAAAGGAAACUUUAAAUCUGAAAAACGAAAAUGAAAUUUUAAAAGAAGAUAAAAGGUUGCUAAUCGAAGGUUCCCGCAAAUUUUUAGAGGAAAACAAACUUCUGAAAGACGAGGUUGAACGUCUAAAGUGUUUACAAAAGGAAGUCAGAGAUAACUCCAAUAAAAUGCACGUGAAACAACAAAAAAUUCACCGCGAAAAUGUUGAGCUGAAGAAAUCAUUAGAAGGAUGCAACGCAAUAAAUUCGGAGGAAGUCGACCAGAUGAAAACCGCGAUUAAUGACCUUCUGGAGAAAGACAAUCAUAAAGAUGAAAUAUUAGCUUCACAAGAUUUACAACAGUAAAAGCAAGUAGUGGAGAUUCAAAGUUUAACAGACUUUCAAGCUUUAAUGGAUUCAGAUAUUAAAAGAUUAAGAGACGAGAUAGAAAGUCAAAAGGAUGCAAAUGCACAGAUGAAACAUGAAUUAGAAAGUAUUAAGGAAGCGGAGGAUGCCAAGCAGAAUAAUAAAACACACUCAGAGACUCAGACAUCAGUAAAUUUCUCACCACGACUAGGGUAUGCUUUAAAUAACAUCCAAAAACCUAUUCUAAAUGCACGGGAUACCCUAAGACGACAGGGGACCAUGGUGAAAGGACAAAAUCGACAAUAUAACAGGAGCAAAACUGAUAUAUAUAGUAAUCGAAGAUGGUAGUUUAUCUUUUACCAAAAACGUAUCAUGCUUAUUAUAUUUAGUUUUCUGUACUGUGUUUUGUAGACUGUUAUUUGGAAUUGUAUUGUCAUUUUUUCUUUUUGCGAUUGGGAUGUCAGUUUCCUGUUGAACUAGUAGUUUAAUCAUCCCGUUAGUAUCAUUAAUCUUUCUUCUAAAGAUAAAUAAAAAUGAAAGGUCACUGUAUAAAACGUUUCAAUAGAGUGUUUAGUUACACUGCUCUAUUGUGAGUAUGGAGUGUGAAUACAAUUUGUUUUCAAUGACCGA